AUGUCAGAAUUACAAGCCGUUGAGGUUAAAUAUUGCGAAGUGUGUACUUUUCCACUCGAGUACUGCGAAUUUGGAGCUUCUCUGCCGAGAUGCAAAGACUGGCUCAAGGAGCAUGACGAGGACCUCUACAACGAAAUUUAUAACUCGGAGACCAAGAUAGUGAGUGCCAACGAAGCCAAAAUCUCCAAGGAUUUGGCCAAAUUGCAAUUGAAGGAGGCCAAAAAGCACGAGCGUGAGCUGGAGAUUAAAAAGACCUCCAAGAUCACGCUCAAGAUCUUUGAGAGAACGAAGCGCAAGCGUGGUGUGGCCAUCCAGGGUCUGGAGGUCUUCGGUGCCGAUAUUGAUAUCAAGAAGAUGGCCAAGCAGUUUGCCAGUAAGUUUGCAACCGGUGCCAGUGUGGUUAAGGACGAGAUCGUAGUCCAGGGUGAUGUGGCCGAUGAGAUCGAACAGCAUCUGCUGAAGUUGUUGAAGGAGAAGGGACUUGACGAAGUAAGCGUCGAGCAGGUUGAUGAGAAGCGAAAGAAGCCAGCUGAUCCUAAGCCGGAUGGAAAGGCAGACAAAUAA